AGGGCGCAUGCGCGGGUAGCACGCCCAGGGUUCUCUCCUUGUCUCCCCCAAGCUCUGUUGCCCACCCCCAUGGCCUUAAGGACUGCCCCUCCAGUUUAUAUUGGGCCUGCGGGGGAAUGGAGGAUGCGCGGGGCAACGGCGCAGAGGACUUCUGCACUGACCCAGGGCCUGGAGCGAAUCCCUGACCAGCUCGGCUACCUGGUGCUGAGCGAAGGUGCAGUGCUGGCGUCCUCUGCCUGGUGUACUGCUUGGCAUAUGCAGUCAUCUGGGGACCUUGAGAAUGAUGAGCAAGCGGCCAGCGCCAUCUCAGAGCUGGUCAGCACAGCCUGUGGCUUCCGGCUGCACCAUGGCAUGAACGUCCCCUUCAAACGCCUGUCUGGUGGGGGAAGGCCUGUUUCCCCUCCAGUGGUCUUUGGAGAACACACACUGUUGGUGACCGUGUCAGGACAGAGGGUGUUUGUGGUGAAGAGGCAGAACCGAGGCCGGGAGCCCAUUGACGUCUGAGCCUGUAGAAAUGGACUGGGUCUCAGCCUUUGAUGAGGAGACAUCCAUCCUCUACCUUUCUUGGCUUGCUGCUGAACAAGGGGCUUAUGCUCACCACCUCCUGACCCCCACCCAAGGAACAGAGGCUUGGAGACACACUAUGUUAAGGGGAACUCUGGCAAGGGGACUCCCCGCUUUCCCUCCCUUCUAAUAAACACCAGUCCAACCUUCCAA